AUGAAAAAGAGGUUCUUAAUCUCACUGGGACUUUCCUGGUUAAAAAAGUCGCCUCAGUCUUCUCAGUCCCCUCAGUCCCCUCAGUCGCCUCAGUCGCCUGAGUUCCCUCAGUCUUCUCAGUCCCCUCAGUCGCCUCAGUCCCCUCAGUCUUCUCAGUCUUCUCAGUCUCCUCAGUCGCUUCAGUCCCCUCAGUCCCCUCAGUCCCCUCAGUCGCCUCAGUCUUCUCAGUCCCCUCAGUCUUCUCAGUCUUCUCAGUCUCCUCAGUCCCCUCAGUCACCUCAGUCGCCUCAGUCCCCUCAAUCGCCUCAGUCCCCUCAGUCCCCUCAGUCUUCUCAGUCUCCUCAGUCUUCUCAGUCCCCUCAGUCUUCUCAGUCCCCUCAGUCUUCUCAGUCCCCUCAGUCUUCUCAGUCCCCUCAGUCUUCUCAGUCCCCUCAGUCUUCUCAGUCCCCUCAGUCUUCUCAGUCCCCUCAGUCGCCUCAGUCUUCUCAGUCCCCUCAGUCCCUUUAG